GGCGGCCAAUCAGAUCCCUCCUGCAUGUGUUGACAGGGUCACAGAAGUACGAGGCUUCACUGAGGCCCAGAAGGAGGAGUACUUCAGGAGGAGAUUCAGUGAUGAAGAGCUGUGCAGCAGAAUCAUCUCACACAUCAAGACGUCCAGGAGCCUCCACAUCAUGUGUCAAAUCCCAGUCUUCUGCUGGAUCAGUGCUACAGUUCUGGAGCACAUGUUGACCACAGACCAGAGAGGAGAGCUGCCCAAGACCCUGACUGACCUGUACUCACACUUCCUGCUGGUUCAGACAAAGAGGAAGAACAACAAGUACGGUAAGAAGAGGACUGACAGAGACGUUCUCCUGAAGCUGGGGAGGCUGGCACUUAAACAUCUGGAGGAAGGAAACAUCAUGUUCUACCAAGAAGACCUGGAGCGGUGUGGUCUUAAUGUCACAGAGGCCUCGGUGUACUCAGGAGUUUGUACUGAGAUCUUCAGAAGAGAGUGUGUGAUCUUCCAGAAAUCAGUCUACUGCUUUGUUCAUCUGAGCGUUCAGGAGUUUCUGGCUGCAGUCUACAUGUUCCACUGUUACACCGAGAGGAACACAGAAGAACUCAACAACUUCUUGGGAACAUAUGGGAACACAGACACCUUCUCCCUGGAUGACCUCCUGAAGAGAACCAUGGAGAAAUCCCUCACCAGUACAAAUGGUCAUCUGGACCUGUUUGUUCGCUUCCUUCACGGCCUCAGUCUGGAGUCCAACCAGAGAGUCUUAGGAGGCCUGCUGGGUCAGACAGAGAACAAUCCAGAGAUCAUCCAGAGAGUCUUAGGAUGGCUGCUGGGUCGGACAGGGAACAAUCCAGAGAUCAUCCAGAGAGUCAUCAACAACCUGAAGGAGAUGAAGAGUGAUGACAUUUCUCCUGACAGAAGCAUCAACAUCUUCCACUGUCUGACUGAGAUGAACGACCACUCAGUUCAUCAGCAGAUGAAACAGUUCCUGACGUCAGAGAACAGAUCAGAGGAGAAACUCUCUGAGAUCCACUGCUCAGCUCUGGCCUACAUGCUGCAGAUGUCAGAGGAGGUUCUGGAUGAGUUGGACCUGGAGAAGUUCAACACAUCAGAACAGGGUCGAUGGAGACUGAUCCCAGCUGUGAGGAACUGCAGGAAGGCUGAACUCCGUGGUUGUGGACUCUCAGAGACUCACUGUGAAGUCGUGGCCUCAGCUCUGAAGUCAGACCCCUCACAUCUGAGAGAACUGGAUCUGAGCCACAACAAGCUGCAGGAUUCAGGAGUGAAGCUGCUGUGUUCUGGACUGGAGAGUCCAAACUGUCGACUGGAGACUCUGAGGUUGAGGGACUGCAGUCUGUCAGAGAUCAGCUGUUCUUCUCUGGCUUCAGCUCUGAGGUCAAACCCCUCUCAUCUGAGAGAACUGGAUCUGAGCUUCAACAACCUGCAGGACUCAGGAGUGAAGGAGCUGCUUGAUCUACAGCAGAGUCCAACCUGUCGACUGGAGACUCUGAGGUGGGAGUCUAAGUGGAGGUGAGUGUGAAGAGGACAGUGUGUGUGGACGGAGGCUGAGCUGUGUCCUGAGGAUCCAGAGGCUGAAGCAGCAGCAGCUUGUGUGUAGUCUCCAAUCUACACAACCCCUAAUCUGCAUGUGUUUGUGAGAUGAAGCCGGAGCACCUGGAGAAAACACGGGGAGAACAUGCAGACUCCACACAGGAAGACCCCAUCUGAACCGGAUUCAAACCAGCAACCUUCCUGCCCCGAUUGUGUUUAUGGAAAUGACACAACACAAGCAGAAUAUAUAAACCCUCUAUAAAGAGUCACAUACAGUGUGUUUAAGUUUGUCUUUAUUAUUGUCCACCUUUGUCCCUCAGUGUGUCUCCAUGUGUGUAGAACCACAUUCUGUGUAUAUGUUUGUUUAUGAUCUUAAAGUUCCUGGAUUCACGUCACAAAUUGAUUUAGUUCAACACAAAGUUCAACACAUUGAAAUAUAUAUCAGAGCUUCACACCACGACCUUUCUGUUGAGUGAUGAUCUUACAUGUCUCACUGAGGGGCUGCAGCAUCGAUUCAUCUGAUGAUUAUGUUCUUGUUUAAUUCAUAUUCUCUUUUUUUAAUUAAUAGCAAUCAGAGAAAUCAUACAUUUUGUUUUCAGUAAAGUUGAUGUCUGCAAAUCAUUUACAAAUAUAUAAACAGAAAAUCAUUUUAAGAUUAAGAUUAAGAUGCAUGUAUUAGUCCCAAACACAGACACACUCAUGCAGGUAGGGAAAUGUAACCUCUGCUUUUGACCCAUCUGGUGCAGGACACACAGAGCAGUGAGCGACCAUGUACGGCGCUCGGGGAGCAGAUGUUGGGGGAGUAAGGUGCCUUGCUCAGGGGCACUAGACAGGGUAGGGAGACUCUUGGAUUUUUGGACAGAUCAAUCCAGGUUCGUCUUUUGUUGUCUCUCCGUGGAGUCGAACGUCUCUGGUUCGACUCCACGGAGAAACAACAAAAGGAUUUUUGGACAAAUAUUUCCUUUUCUGCUCAGAAACACAACAGCAGUAACUCCACCUUCACAGUUAACACUCAAUCAUUUACAGUAAUACAUAUUCAGUAGCCCACAUACGAUCGAGUGGGACUGUGGACACUGUAUGUACAUACAUGGUCUAACUAUCAGAGUGGCAUUUAUGGCUUUGUGAAAGCCUGUGGGAAAGUGAACAGUUGACAUGUAGCUCAGUGGAGCUCUGAUUAUAGAACCUCUGGACAACUUCUGCACUGUACAAUUGCCAUAUUUUCCUAUGGGAUAUACUCAUUGAUCACCCAUGUCAAUAAAGUGUGAGACUGUAAAAAUA